UCCGUCAAAUCUUCCCCCACUGCCAGUUGGAUUCCAAGCAUAUUCCGUCUCCGGCCGUUUGAUCACGGAAAUUUGCGCAAUCGAGUGAUUCAUCGCCCUUCUUCUGUGCGAUUUGUGCCCGCAAGCCCUUCUCCUCUCGUCUCGACGAACGCAGCGAGCUGCGAGAGGUUCUUUACUUUGUUUGAGUGUGGUUAUGUAGGAGUCUCCAGAAUUUUGUUUCCUUUAUAUGGCUAGUUCUGAUAGUGAGAGAGAUCAUUCAUGGAUAGAGAAACUGAGAUCUGGAGGCACAGUUCCAUAUCUCGAACCUGAAAAUUGUUUAAAUGGUUGGGCGAUUCCCACGGGUGAUAACUUUAUGGUUAGAGGUCCCAACUAUCUCUCAGACAAGAUAAAAAUAAAUGGCGGUAAAUACCUUCUGGAGCCUCUUGGAUUUGAUUGGAUAAAAGGUCCUACAAAAAUUGGUGAAAUACUAAGAAAUCCAAAUCACCGUGUGAGAAGAGCUAUUGAUGAUGAAGUUGCAAGUGGUAAUAAACCUUAUGUUUGGGCCUUUAAUCUACAACUUCCAACCAAGGAUAAUUAUAGUGUGAUUAUGUACUUUGUAGACCUUGAACCUAUACAAGAUGGAACUCUCAUGGACAAGUUUUUGAAAGGUGAUGACACAUUCCGUAAUUCUAGGCUUAAACUGAUAGCUAAUAUAGUCCAGGGUCCAUGGAUAGUGAGAACGGCUGUUGGCGAGCAGGCUAUAUGUAUUCUAGGGAGAGCUGUUUCUUGCAAGUACACAUCUGGGUUGAAUUACAUCGAGGUAGAUGUGGAUAUUGGAUCUUCAAUUAUUGCAAAUGCAAUUGUGCACUUGGCAUUUGGUUAUGUAACAAUAUUAACAGUAGAUUUAGCAUUCCUGAUCGAGAGCCAGACUGAAGAAGAACUUCCUGAGCAAAUCCUCGGAGCUGUAAGGUUCUCGAAUCUAAAUCCAGCUUCAGCUGGUCAUUAUGAUCUGACAUCUGAUGCAGAUGCUGGAAGCCAUCCACCACCGCUUCCCACAAGAUUGUGGAGAUCAAUUGGAUUUGGUUUUACCAACCUGCCACUGCAAGGGAGUCUAGAACCUUCAUCCAUCAUGUCAGAUCAUAGCAAUGGAAAUCUUCAUGGAGAAAAUGAUACGAAGAAGAAUGAUGAAACUUGAAAUCCCAAAUGCAUUAUAUUAUCCCAGGCAACUUCGUGUUUGUACUUAACUCUCAGUAUCUUCUGAUGGAUGAUAGACUCAUCGUAACUCCAUUUCAUGAUCUAUUAAAAUAUCCUCACAGUGCCCUGCUUCAUUUAUUCAUUGAAAAAGAAGGGAGAAAAGUCUCGAUGUUCUACUUUUGACUGACAUCAUGUGAAUAGUAGUCUCCCCUUAAACAUUUAUGCUGUCUCUUAACUUCCUGUGGCAUUGGAAAGAAUAUGAAUCUUCCAUGAAAGAGGGGGAGAGGUCAUUUGUAAAGAUAUAUAUUUGUGUAUUUGUUCCUGAUUCAAUGAUUGAAGCAUUCAUUUUGGUGAUUUGGUCGUUUGUAAAUUGUUUAAUUCACUCCUCACUGUUGUAUUAGAUGAAUCUUGAAUCAUUCAGUAUUGCGAUUGCUUCUUCUAUCA